AAAUUUGGGAAUGGUCCGUGUUUGACUCCCAUUGAAUUACCCAAAAUUUCACUUCUUUUUACCACAUUGAAUCCCCCCUAUAAAACCCAAUUCCCCUCUCUCUCUUAAAACAACAAAUAGAGAAAGCAAAUGAAUUCCACAACAUCCCUGCCCCUUCAUCAAGGCGACAACACCCCAAUCUCCGCCCUCCAUCCUGACAUCUUCCAAUCCCACAUCCUCGCCCUACUCGACGGCCCUUCCCUCGCCUCCCUCGCCUGCGUUUCCUCUCAAUUACACGCCCUCUCCACCGAUGAUAUUCUCUGGUUUAACAUUUGUUCUUCCACUUGGCCUUCCCUCAACCAUCCACGUCUUCAACAAAUCAUCUCUACUUUCCCCUCCGGCCACCGCUCAUUCUUCUCCGAUUCUUUCCCCUUCCCCGAUCUCCAACCGUUGAAGCUGGACGUCAACUCUUGCACUCUGCCAACGGAAUUAAUCUUUGCCGUUGAUGUUUAUUAUCAAAACCAGAUUAUUUAUUCUAAAGUCGAAGAAAUGGACACGUCAAGCAGCUGGUUUUUGUGUUCCCCGUUCCGGGUGGAUUUACUUGACCCGAAAGAUUCGGCUUCGACGCCGGUAAAGUAUCUCGGUGGCAGUCAAGAUGAAGCCUGGCUAAAACAUUUGGAAGAGAACUUGAGUUUAAGCUGGAUCGUUAUUAACCCGACCCGGAAGAAGGCGGUGAACUUGUCGAGUAGGAGAGCGGUUUCGGUGCAGCGGCACUGGUUAACAGGUGAUGUGCAGGUGCGGUUUGGGACAGUGACAGCAGGAGAUGAAGGGCGAGGAUCAUCCAAAGAGUUGGUAGAGUGUGGGGUAGUGGUCACGUGCUGCGGAAAAGAAGGAGGGGAAAUGCACGUGAGGGAAGUGUGCAUGGUAAUGGAGGACAUGGAAGGGAAAGGGUUGAAUGGGAAGGAGAGUGUAGUCAUUUUGGAAGGGGUGAUAGAGCAGGGGAGGAGGAAAGGAGGGGAGGGAAAUGAAGGGAAAGUAAAAUACGAGGAAUUCCAAGAGAGGAAAAGGAAGAGGAAAGAAGAGAAUCAAAGGAAAGAAAGGGUAUUGGAUUUGGUCUGCAUUACGGUUGGCGUCGUGGGUUUUGUUUCCUUUUGGUCGGCUAUAUUGUUCAAGUAAAAACAACACCAAUAUUUACUGUAUAGUAAAAUAUGAAAUUCAAAUUUGACAGUCAAAUGUAUAAAUUUUUACCAUAUCCAAAGUUCAUGAAAUUAAUUAUUUAUGAUUAA